AUGUGGGCAGCUCAACUGGUGAAGUAUAACGCUCCCUACACUCUCUUGGCCGUCCCCAUCCCCGCCAUCCGGCCAAAUGAACUGCUCGUCCGUGUCCAUGCCGCAGGCUUCUGCCACUCCGACCUCCAAGUCCUCCAGGGCGAAUUCAACAGUCCAUUGCCUAUGAUUCCGUCCCAUGAGCCCGCUGGAGUGGUCGUCGAGGCCGGCGACGAAGCUGCCCAAUCGUGGAAGAUCGGGGAUCGCGUCGGAAUAUUAAACUUCAAAAAUGCUUGCUCGAAGUGUCCAGACUGCAUCUCCACGCAGAAGCGAUAUGGUACCUUAGAUGCCCGUUUUUGUCGUCGUCGCGAAACGGCUGGAUUUCAGCAUGACGGGGCUUUCGCAGAGUACAUCGUUGCUGAUGCGGCGACGACAAUCGCGUUGCCAGACUCAGUAUCAUUCGAACAGGCCGCGCCGCUGCUAUGUGCAGGAGCCACGGUAUACGGGGCCAUCCAAAAGGUCGCUCCCUUCCUGCAACGCGGGGAUAGUAUCGGCAUCAUCGGGAUCGGUGGCUUAGGUCAACUGGGCGUGCAAUUCGCAACAGCCCUAGGUUAUCGCACUGUUGCCAUUGACAAUCACGAUUCUAGUCUGCAACUGAUUGAUGGUAUGCCACCAAUGUUGCGGCCGGAAGCCCGCAUCAAUUCGACUUGUACCGAUGCCAAGGAGCAAAUUAUGCAGUUCACAAACGAUCAAGGCUUAGCUGCGGCUGUCGUCUGUACGGAUCCCGUCUCGGUAACAGGAUGGAGUCUGGAGCUGCUGCGAAUCGGAGGAGUGUUGGUUCCACUGGGAUUGCCUCCGGAUAAAUGGCAGUUUGAUUCGCAGACACUGCUGUUUCGAGAGUUGGUUAUCCGCGGAAACUAUGUGGCCGGGAAACAAGAGGUCGAGGAUAUGAUGCAGCUCGUUGCUAAGCAGGAUAUCAAGUCACAGUUGACCGUCGUACGGCGAGACGAUAUUCCUAGCAUUCCGGAUAUUUACAAGAAGCGAGCUUUCCGGGGGCGUCUAGUUGUCCAGUGUCAAUAG